AAUUAAGCUACACAGUACACACGUGUUUUAGUGGUGUUUAAUUUUAUUAGCUUAGAAAUAUUACAAAUUCUACUUAAAAAUGGGUAAAAUCAAGCAAGAACCUGUUGACCAAGAAGACGUAAAAGAUGUAAGCAUAAAAACAGAGUCAUUAAGUUACGACGAUAAAAUUGAUCACUGCAGUAUUAUAGCAAAGCCGAUGGCUUCAAAAAAACUAAGCAAGAAGAUAUACAAAUUAAUCAAGAAAUCUUCAGGGCACAAGAAUUAUAUUAAAAACGGACUAAAAAUCGUGCAAAAGCAGCUCCGAUUAGGUGAAAAGGGUAUUGUCGUCUUCGCUGGGGACAUUUCACCAAUAGAAAUCAUGUGUCACCUGCCUGCGGUUUGUGAAGAGAAAGAUGUUCCAUACUGCUACACGCCCAGUCGAAAAGACAUAGGAGCAGCCAUGGGAACCAUGAGAGGCUGUAUCAUGGUCCUCGUUAAAGAGCAUGAAGAAUAUAAAGAUUUGUUUGAUGAAGUUAAAAGCGAGAUCAAAUUGUUAGGACAUCCAUUAUAGGUAGAGUUAUUAGAUAAAUACUAUAACAUAUUCUUGACCGUUUUUAUACUUGGGAAGUUUUGUUACUAUAGUGAUAUGGAAUAAUACAUUAAAAAAAAUGUAUUGUGAAUUAUGUUUUGCAGUUGUUUUAUAUUAAACAUAAUUGAAAAGUCACCUUUUUUAGAAACAAUAGAGAUGAUGUCUAAAAUUAUACAAAAGUAAGGAAUUAUAAGGAAAAGAUAUUAAAAUCUGCAAUUUCAUCAUUUAACAUGUUAUACUUAUGGAUUUUUUUUUUUAUAAGGCAUUUAAUGAUCCCCGAUGAUCAAGUUUACUUAAUUGAUUUCAGAGCAUGCACUUAACUUUGAUGAAUCUAUUUUUAAAGUUGAAUAUGAUUACCUAGGUUCUGCAUUAAAUAGGAUAAGUAGUAUUAUAAGCUU